CGCUUUUGACUCAAGGAAAAAUUUCAGAAUGUUAAUGUUGAUUGCGCAUCACAGAUGGUCUUGGAGACAGAUGUGGUCACCAUUCCAGGACCCAAACUGGUCGAACUGCGGCGACAACCAGUGAAGACCUUGGGUUUUGGAGAGGCUUUGGUGGCCGUGAAAGCUGUGGGGGUUUGCGCCACGGAUGUGGAACUCUUUGAUGGAACCAUGGGUUACUACCACAGCGGACUUUCCACCGUCCCAUUGGUGCCAGGUCACGAAUGGGCCGGUGAGAUCCUGAAGUUGGGCCCCGCGGCGCCAUCGCAUUUGCAUGUGGGCCAGCGUGUAAUUGGAGAACAUUGCACAGGAUGCUAUCCUCAGACUUCAGCUGAAACUCAGACCACCAGGUGCAAGAUUUGUUGCCAGCCUGGUGGUUUGCUACGUUGUCCUCAACGAAAGGAGACGGGCUUCUUUGGCCGAGAAGGUGCUUUCCAAACAGUGAUGCGUUUCCCCGCCUGGCAACUGCAUGUGCUGCCACCUGGCACCCCAUGGGAACUAGCUGUACUUGCAGAGCCUUUGGCAACUGCCUGCAAAGCAGUGCGCCUUGCCAACCUCAACAAAAACCCGGAGCCAAAGAACGGCAUCCAGCCCUGGGUGGUCGUUGUGGGCGAUGGCGCUGUAGGUUUGUUGCUGCUGCAAGUGCUCCGAGUGCGCGAAAGAGUGCCUCGGGUGUGCUUGGUGGGUGCGCAGCCCACCAGGUUGAAGCAAGCCGAAGCACUUGGAGCAGAGCUGGCCUGGAACGUCCGUGAGUCGCCCUCGGAUCUCCAUGCAGCGCUGGCAGAUGCUCCGCCGUCGCUGGUGCUGGAGGCAGCAGGCACCCCCGAGGCGGUGAAGCUGGCGGUGUCGCUGGUGGCGCCAGGGGGCACUGUGAUCCUGCUGGGGCUGUCCGGCAACAAACUCGCGGAACUCUGCACCGAUGACGUUGUCCUCCGGCAGCUGACGUUGAGGGGUUCAUUGUCGUCAGAGCCGGAAGAUUGGCAGGCGGUCCAGGAAAUCUUGGCGGCUGGGAAGUUGAGCAGUGUCGUGACCCACGCCUUCGAAGGCUUGGAGAAGUACCAGGAGGCCAUCGAGAAUGUGCGUCAGCCACCUGAUGGGAUGAUCAAGGUCAUCGUGACACCCAAAGAGAUCCGACACCGCAAAAGACAGCGGGAGGAAACUUGCGAGAUGUUCCGCAUCUUCAUCACAGCUUUGCUGCUCUUUGUGGCCCAGUCCGACUCUUCCCAGGAGUUUUUGCCUGCUGCCCCAAAAGUGGAAAGUGAUGCGACGGGCAAGCCGGAGGUCGGCAGCGAGGGCGGCGUGACGGUAGCGGAGACCAAGGAGAUCGAGUUUGAUGCUGCCUCCAACCCAUACAUCGCCACCAGCACCACUGCAGAGUGUUUGGCCCUGAUCUUCAUGAUUGUGGCCUGUGUCAUUUGCUACUUAGAGUGCUGCAAGUUGCUUGGCCAUGGCAUGAAAAUGGUCAGUGUGAGGACCCAAUCCUUAUGUAAGAUAGUCUUCAGGCUCUGA